AUGGCUACUGCUAACGAGGAACCGCCAUCUUUCCGAACCGACUCGCCCCCGCCAGAGCUAUCCCCGACCCCAGCUAUCGGCGCUUGCCCCGAGCUGUCCCGCUGCGUGUCAACGGCUUCCUCUGUUUCCCAUGGAUCUGCCCCCGACGCUGCCUCCCGCGAGUCUCUGGGAAGCGUCCGAAGCAGCGCAUACUCUCGACAGUCCUCCGGAACCUACAGCCGUCGCUCGGACGUCAGUUUGGCGUCUUCCCAACAGUCAUCAUGCAGCGGCAGCAGGCAGGGCGGCGGCCGCUCUUCCAGCCGACGCCGGGGCUUUGUCCGCCCGCAGGGCACCGACUUUGCUGCCAGCGCACGGCACAGGGAGAGCGUUCUGAGCUUGGGAAGCAUAGCCCAUCUGCAGUACUACUUCGCGCGCACUGGUCUCCUCGACGGCAAAGGCGCCCAGCUGGCGAGGAAGAACAAAGCCAAGGGAGGUCUGGACCUUUCGUCCGUCAGUAGCUCGAGCUCUUCAUCCCCAAGGAUCGUCGACUCGGAGGGGAGCAGCCCGGAACUGGGUUCUCAUCCCUUCGACGCCGGGCCGAUUGCGGAGUCGCCCAUGGAGGAACACGACUACUACUCAGACGAUUUCGACGAGCCCGACCCGGAUGUUCUGCCGCCGACCGCCAGCACCUACAUCCACAGGAACAAGCCGGUCCCCAAGCCGCCGACGAUUCAGGAGCUGAAGGCGGACUUGACAGGCACGCUCGAGAAAGCGGCCGCGGCAGCGAGGCACACCAGAGCCAACAGGGAGCCACUGCCCGAGAUCCCUCCAAGAAAGCAGGACAAACAGAGCACGCCCAAGAAGGGCCAGGGCCAGGGCUGGUAUGAGGUCCAGGGCAUGCACAUUCUCGAUGUCAUGACGCUUGCUAUUCGUGCCGCGAGGAAUUACUACACAGCCCACGAGGUUCCGGAGCGGCUGGACGCUAUCAAGUCCGAGAAGGAGAUCCGCGCAGAGUUGCUUUCUGUUAUGGAAACCUUGAAGCAGAUGGCGACCCGCAACUGGGCUGGCGGAAUGAAGGACGAGGAGCUGCGCAUUCUUGAGUCUUGGAUUCAGGGGCUCUUCGACAUGCUCAAGAAGGAGGAGGAGCUGAUGAAGGCCGAGGAGGCGCAGCGCAGUACCUGGACCUGGCUUUCGGGCGACUGGACCGGCAAGGAAGUGGAAAGGGAAUUGGCCUUCAUGGCAUCGCUCGAUCCGUCCGCCGGCCCUCUGCCAGAAUACACCUCCGUGGUCGACGCGACUGAGCCCCCUACCCCUUUCCUCCAGGCUCUACAAAACGGCAUCCGACUCGUCGAGUUGCACAACGCGGCGGUCAAGAGGUCAAAGCGGCGGUUCGGCCUGAUCACUACGUUCCAUACCGACACGGAAAAGCCGUACCGAUGUGCCGACAACAUCCGUUAUUGGGCCAAGGCAGCAGAGCUGCGCUGGGAAGUCCUUUUGAAGGUGGACGCUCUCGGCAUCGUCUACAACAACUCUCCCGACGUCUGGGUCAACUUCGAGAAAGCCAUUUUGGCAUGGAGCUGCAAGGUCCGCGAAGAGAUCACCUCCGAACUCUUGGGCUGA